AUGAAGGCUAUUCAAAAUAUAGACGAGGCUUGGAACGAAGUUAAAAAUAAAACGGGAGAGAUGGAACUGAAAAAAAUGGAGGCACCUAGAAGAACUGUCCAGAUGCAGAGACAAGUGCUUGAAGACAUUCCUGCAGUGAUUGAGGGGUCUGAACCUGAAGAUGUCGAGGUAGUAGAUAUCGAAGAACUUGUAACAACGUACGAUGAACCUCUCGGCAAUGAAGAUCUGUUUGAGUUACAGAACAAUCCCAUCAACAAUGAGGAAAAGCAAGUAGAAGAGAGUUUCAUCUUCAAGCGGAAUACAAAAUGCUCUUUCAAAAAUGUAUUCAGGUUUGGACAUAUUGCAGAGCAUAGACAGUGA